UCGUGCAGCAUAACGGUAUCCGUAGUAAAAUAAGUCGCGCUUCAAAUAGACUUGCGUUUUAAUUUUAAAAUUUGAAAAAGGAAAAAUGAAUUCGAAUUACAAGUGUCCGAUACCGAUUUUCGACGGCGUGUUUUGUAUUAAAAUUCUUAAGUACAAAAAAUACUCAGUCGAUAUUAAUACCAAAAUGUCAUAAUCGGAAAACAGUGUUGUUUGUUUGCGGUGUUUCGGUGGUAACGAUGGCCAACUCCCCAACAAGUAUUGAGACGCAAAUAGACAGUUUCUUAGAACAAUUUAAAAAAAGUGCUUCGAAGGCAAUGGAAGAACGGAUGGAGUGGCCUGACGGGCCAUUGCCAGGUGGAGUAGUUAAAUCACGCAGUAGCUGCUUCACCUUAGAUUCUCCUGUUGAAGCGGAAUGCGAUGGAUGCAGCAGCGAGAAUGACGAAGGUCGGAAUGUUGGGGAGUUAUUGCUGCCACAGUAUGCCCUUGCCACUGGCGGUUUGGCGCGGGACCACCGGCCUCUCAUCACCUUCCCAGACAACAAUAACUUCCACGUACUUACGCCAAGUGAAUACCGCCGACUUCUUCUCUACCUCACCUCAGUGCCCUCACUACUGGAAGCGGAAAUGGGCUUCCACAUAAUAAUUGACCGGCGGAAAGAUAGAUGGAACUCUGUAAAAGCAACGUUAUUGAGAAUAUCCGAAUUCUUCCCUGGCGUAAUCCAUACGGUGUACGUCUUACGCCCGGCGAGCUUUCUUCAAAAGGCAUUAUCGGAAGUGAGCAGUAAAUUAUUCAAAGAGGAGUUCCGGUUUCGUGUGCUGGUCUGUUCUUGUGUGGAAGAGUUGUACGAACACUUCGACAGGUCACAGUUAACUCCAGAUUUGGGCGGUGAAUUACAGUACUCACAUUCAGAGUGGAUACAACAACGGAUAGCUUUAGAGAAAUUUUCGACUUUAAUGAAGGAGAUAUCCACGAAAUUGGACGAGUUUAUGCACGAAAUAUGUGAUUGCGACAUGGGAAACGAUCCCGCACAAACCAAAGACCUUUUAGACUGUCAAGAAUCUAGUUAUAAAGCUUUAAAAACCGAACUGGCGUCAGCGACAACGCAGGGCGAAGAAUUGCUGACCCAAGUGCGAAAACCAAAUCUUACUUAUAAUAUUAUUAGUCAUGUGGCUGCUGUUGAAAGGCUACUUGUUCAACUCGAAGAGACUGAAAAACAAUUCGACAACUUUUGGAAGAAACAUUCCAUGAAAUUAAACCAUUGGCUCAAGUUCCGAACAUUUUUAUUAAACUUUAAACAAAUGCAGGCGACUUUAGACACGCAUUUAAAGGCAGCAUGUGAUAUGACCGAAGUGGGCGAAACUGCGAACCGGGUCGAUGGCCUAAUACAUGAGGCUAACGAUUUUGAACAACUAUGCAAUGGAGAUCUAGAAGCUGCAUCAUCAGUAAUUGACGAAGGUGAAACAUUGAUGCAAGAUCCAUUGAGUUCAGUGGAUCAUAUCGAGUCAAAAUGUGAAGAAUUAAGACGAACAAGUGCUUUACUGUUGGACAAAAUACAGAAACGAAAUCUGCUUUUGGCUAAAGCGAGAGAAGUUAUGGACCGAAUAGACAAGGCAAAUGAAUGGUGUACCACUGGAGUUGAAAUUUUGGCGGGAGAAGGCGGUCUAAUAGCUGUGGAUAAACUAAUAGAAGAUGCGAAGUCAUUCGGACUGACGUCACCCGAAGAGUUCCGGGAGAUGCUUAUGCAAUCUGCAACACAGGAAACAAGGGCGCUAGUUACACAAGUAUCACAAAGAGUAGAAGAUGUGUGGUUAAUGGUGACUGUGAAGCGAGCGACACUUCAGCGAGCAGCGGCUAAGCCUGCUCGUCCCGUGCAGUCUGUCCCACCACAGAGUGCUGCCAUACAACCACUAGCCGAAAAGAUGGAGACGUCAGGAGGGUCAGAGAGUUCUGGAGGAGAAGACUCAGAGGCUCGGCGGUCACGGAGAGGCCACGUUCUUGCGGAACUUCUACAGACUGAAAGAAUCUACGUACAGGAAAUGGGCUCAAUUCUCACUGGAUACAAAGAUGAAAUUGAAAAAGCGGAAAACCAACACGCCCUGCCACCAGGACUAGCUGGACAGGCAGAUGUUCUGUUUGGGAACCUUCACGAACUCUUCACAUUCCAUCAAGAAAUAUUUCUUAAGGAUUUAGAAAAAUCUAUCUCAGCGACAGAACUUGUCGCGCUCUGUUUUGUUGAAAAGAGAGAAACAUUCUUCCGCCUAUACAGUUAUUAUUGCCAAAACAUACCUCGUUCAGAAAGGCUUCGAGAGACACUGGUGGACACACAUCUAUUUCUUCAGGCUUGCCAACAACGUCUCGGUCACAAGCUACCCUUAGCUGCUUAUUUGCUCAAACCAGUGCAAAGGAUUACUAAAUAUCAGCUUUUACUAAAGGAUCUCCUCCGGUAUAGCGAUUGUGGGACAAUGAGUGCUGGUCUCCAACAGGCAUUGGACUGUAUGUUGGUGGUCCUCAAAUGCGUGAAUGACUCCAUGCACCAGAUCGCUAUAACUGGUGUACCGGUUGAUCUCAAUCAACAAGGCGAACUUCUAUUACAAGGAUCCUUCCUCGUAUCUUCUGAGACCAAACGCGAUCUCCGACUGCGUAUACGUCCGCGACGCAGACAUAUUUUCCUUUACGAAAAAGCCAUGCUCUUCUGCAAACCAGCCGCUAAGAACAGCCACAAUAAGGCCACUUACCACUUCAAACAUGACUUGCAGAUGUCCCAAAUCGGUCUAACCGAGUCCGUAAAGGGUGAUGUGCGUAAGUUCGAAGUAUGGCGUCAAGGCAGGGCCGAAGUGCAUACGAUAAGUGCGCCCACAGCUGAAAUCAAAAGAGCGUGGGUCGAGAGGAUCAAAAGGGUUCUACUUGACCAGCUCAAGGAACUCAAGGGAGAACGGGUCAGGCAAUACGCACAGAAUCAUAGGACACUAAUACAAACCAGCUCCUGGGACCUGGGUCCCCAAAAGGAGCGACCACAGCCACCCUCGAAUCCAUCUCGAACAGGUUCUUGUGAUAAUCACGAUGAGCCCUGCUGGUCCACAGACCCGUCGGAGGACGAAGAAGACGAACCCGAGCACGCACCGGCGGUGGGUUGCGCGCUCAUGGCCCUGUCGGACUACACCGCGGUGGGUGCCAGUGAGGUAUCUCUUCGGGAAGGGCAACACGCAGAGCUGCUUAAGGUGGGCUGCGCGGGAUGGUGGUACGUGCGACUUGCAGGUGGUCAAGGUGAAGGCUGGGCGCCGGCGGCUUAUCUUGACCAGCGUAAGACUUCGCGCUCGUCGAGUCGAUCUCACGACCGACUGCACGACCACUAAACUGGAAUGGCGUUGACUCGCAAAUCAGUUUGAGCCUUUGACCAAUAGCUUUAGCCCAAUUUCAAGACUUCUUUGCUAAGACAUAUGGCUAUUGAUGAUUAUUCUUGUCAACAGCCAUGAAGGUCUUACGCGUUUUCUGUUAUAUUUGGGCAUAGAAUGCAUUUCAAAAUUUUGUAAAUAAUUUCUAGAAGUUUUAGCGUUUUUGUACCUUAGUGAGCCUUUUUGACUUAGUGCACUGUGUUUCGCUCACCUUUAUGUAGUUUUAAUACUGUGACGUUUGUAGCUCUAUCAAAGAAGAGAGAAAAUAACCCGACUCUAGUUAAGGGAGCGAUCAAGUAUUACGUAACGAAAAUUUUUGGAGACUAUUAACCCCCUCCCCCCCCCCAUGUAACUCGCCGUAACCUUAUUCAGUACCCAAGUACAAUA